AUGGAAGAUGAGAAGAAUCUUGCCAGUAUACCAAUUAUUGAAAACUCAUGUUCAAUGGCGGACAGAAUUGUCAAGGACAGACCAAGUUCAAAUGAAAUAUCUAUGGAUGAGGAUACGCUGCUUGAAACAUCAGAUAAUUCAGAUGAUACUUAUCUUCCUAGUGAGCAUGAAAAUGCUUAUAACUCAAAGGAGCAGCGUGUCAGACUCAGCAGAAUCAGAAUGAAACCAGAAAGGUUUGUCAAAUAUGUGUAUUCCGGAGGAUGUGUUUGA